AUGACGCUGCUCCUGUCUGCCAUCUUCGGGGACGCUGUCAAGAAGACGGGGGUACAAUCUGUUCUCUUCUCAUGGACCGACCUGUUUGGUGUGAUGAGGAGCAAGCUUGUUCCGGUUUCCAAGGCCGACGCCAUGAGCAAGUCUGGGGCAGGCUUCGCUGGGCAUGCUGCCCAUCUCGACUAUCCUCCCUCGAGUGGUGACGUCCUGGCGAUUCCUGACCCGAGCUCGCUCAUCGUGCUGCCGUGGAACCACAAGAUAGCGUGGGUCGCGUGCGAUCUCUUCAUGAAGGAGGAGCCGCUGGAACAAUGUCCGAGACUGGCGCUAAAGAGAUCGAUGAAGAGGGUGAAGGAAGAGACGAAACUCACCAUGAAGACCGGUGUGGAGCUCGAAUUUCAUCUGCUCUCCCCUGACGACCCGAGGAAGCUUGCGGAUGCCUCGGACAGGAGCAAGAAGCCCUGCUACUCCAUCGAGCCUCUCAUGCAGCAGAAAGACUUCAUCGUCGACAUGCAGCAGUACAUGGAGAGUCUCGGGUGGAAUCCUUAUCAGGCGGAUCACGAGGACUCGAUCGGGCAGUUUGAGAUCAACUGGGAGUACGACGAUGCCCUGGUAACGGCGGACAGGCACGCUUUCUUCAAGUGGAUGGCAAAGGAGGUAGCGAAGAAGCACGGUAUGAGGGUCACCUUCAUGCCCAAGCCCUUCACGAACCUAACGGGCAACUCGGCUCACGUGCACAUCACGAUGCACGAGGAGGACGGGAGCAAUGCCUUCAAAGCUCGAGGAAGCAACGGAGGUGUCCUGGGGCUCAGUGAGAUUGGCCUGCACUUCUGCGGAGGUCUGCUUGAGACGGCUCAAGACAUCUGCUGCUUCACCAACCCUACCAUCAACUCCUUCAAGAGAAUCAACGCUCCUCCUCCCUCCUCGGGCUCCUCCUGGUCUCCGAGCUCCAUCUCCUGGACGGGCAACAACCGCACUCACAUGAUCCGAGUCCCCGACGCUCCCCGGCUCGAAGUUCGACUCCCAGACUCGAGCUCGAACCCCUACCUCAUGCCAGCUGCCCUGCUGCUUGCUGGUCUCAUGUCCAACGUGUACGACAAUGUGCAAGAGCAGAAGAAGAUGCGGCAGCUCCCGUUGAACCUGCUGGAUGCACUGAGGAACUUGGAACAGAACGAGACUUUGCAAUCGGAUAUGGGAAAGGAACUUUGCCGAGGGUACAUCAAGCUGAGGAUGGAGCAGUGGCAGGAGUACUCGCGCUCCAUGACGGCAUGGGAGCUUGAAAAUACCAUGGACGUCUAG